AUGCUCCGCAUCCUCCUCCUCGCCACCGCCGCGGUCGCCUCAACCAAGCGCGGCCACAAACACAAAAAACCAGCAGCCGCCGCGCCGCCGAAGCUGGCCUACAUGGCGAUCCCGGGAGCAAAAGACGAGACGAGCGCGCCGCGCGCGUGCUGGGCCGCGCCCAAGAGUUGGAGAGAGGGCCUGGUGGAUGCCUACGGAUCCUCAGUUGUUGUGUGCUCGCCCGAGGCCCUGCGUUCAAAUAAAAUGUGCGCGUGCCGCCUGUGCCCUGUGGAUGAAUGCGUGUCCAGGAAUGCGCUCGCUCAACUAAACCUCGACCACGCGCUGGGCGUCGGCUCCGGGAGGGACAGCGACGCCCUGCGCGAGUUCUACCGUCUCACGGCGAACGCGAGCCUCGUCACCAACGUGCCCAUCAGCGAGGGUCAUACGACGAAGCGCGAAGAGAUGUGGGGGUCACUCGUGGACGUGGUCAUGUCCUUCCUCAAAACAGUGAAGCCUCCUUUAAAAAUGAAGCCCUGCGCGCGGCCGCCUUCCUCAAAAUGCGCUGCGGCGCUGGCGGCGCCACCAUACCAAUACGCGGGCGCGCCCGCGUGCCGCGCGGCGUUCGUGGGCUCCGUGCAGCCCACGAAGGUACCUUUAUCGUUCUUCCAGAAGUUCGACAAGGCCGCGGGGUUGGAUUUUGUGCGGCGCUUCUCGUGGCACUUCUACGGCGCGGACCGCGGCAACUACUCGGCGCGCCUCCGAGGCGUGCUCGACGCGAUGAACCUCUCAUCUACAUUCCACGGCCGCGUCGACGACGUCCAGGGGGCCUACUGCGCGGCCGACGUCGCCGUCGCCUUCCCGCUCCACGACCGGAACCCGCGCGUUCCCACCGAAGCUUUGAGGGCGGGGCGGCCAGUCUUCGCGUCGCUCGAGGCGAACCUGGCAGGAGCGGUCGCUUGCCAGCCAUUUGUGGGUGCGGUCUCGUGGCGGGAUUCGCGCCGAAACCUGAUCGCCGCCUUUCAAUCGUGGGCGCUCAACGCGACGGCGGCGGCGCCGGCGGUCUUCGACGCCUUCGCGGCGAACUGCCUCGACCGCACGGCGCUCUUCGACCGCGUCUGGCGCGUGCUGGAGCGCGUCAAGGGCGAGGGCAGGCGCGCGCGCGCGCCGUCGCGUGCGAGGCGCCGGGCGCGUGUCUCAGGCCGACGUGCGGCGACGGGCCGACCGUCGAGGUCGCGGCGCGGGCGUGCCUCGGGGUCUCUCGUGAUGAUUUAAGUUAGUGGAAUGUGU